UGAUACUUCCGGUGGCGCAAAGCGUGUCGGGAUCAGCUUGCGGCAAACCUCUUUCCCCGGGCCGUAGAGAGACCACCGUUAGCGCUGCUUUUGCUCCUACAGCCUGCUCUCGGCCAAACGCGCGGCCACCGCGGCCGCCGCUGCGGCUCCCGCAGUUUUCGGCCCCAACCCUUGGUUCCUAGGCAGCCGGCGUGCGUUCAGCUGCAGCUUCGGCAGACAUGUUGUGAGGCGGCGGCACGGGUGCCCGAAGGAUGGUUUGGCCGAGGAGGCUGCAACCGCUGCUGGUGGCGGCGGCCGCGGGGGCUCCGGCUCUGUAGAGCCGACCCUGCUGUGUCCGCCCGGUACUGCGUCCGGGCGGGUACUCCUCGGUCUUGCGUGCGCUCCCGUGCCGUUUAGGUUCGGUUAGACGACAGAGCCAGUCCGUUUGAGGCGGCACGCAGGGUGGUUCUCCAGCUCUGGGGGUGGUGUCCCUAGAGCCCUCAGCCCCCUGACCUUUCCUUCAUAUUCGCACUAAAAUCUCUCACACAGUGGGUGUUCCCUGCCCUCGAGCCCGCUCCUUCCUGGUUUCUGCACUCUCUCCUCUGAGCUUCCCGGACCCCGACAUCCCUCUCCAGGGACAGCCUGCUGAGAAAUCUUCGUGGAGUGGUGGACCAGAGGCGAGGAACUUAAAAGUUGGGAUUUGAAAGACAGGAAGGAACGAUGGCUUCCUCGUCUGGCAAUGAUGAUGAUCUCACUAUCCCCAGAGCUGCUAUAAAUAAGAUGAUCAAAGAGACUCUCCCUAAUGUCCGGGUGGCCAACGAUGCCCGAGAGCUGGUAGUGAACUGCUGCACUGAAUUCAUUCACCUUAUAUCUUCUGAAGCCAACGAGAUUUGUAACAAGUCAGAAAAGAAAACAAUUUCGCCAGAGCAUGUCAUACAAGCAUUAGAAAGUUUGGGCUUUGGCUCUUACAUCAGUGAAGUAAAAGAAGUCUUACAAGAAUGCAAGACAGUAGCAUUAAAAAGAAGAAAGGCCAGUUCUCGUUUGGAAAACCUUGGCAUUCCUGAAGAAGAAUUAUUGAGACAGCAACAGGAAUUAUUUGCAAAAGCUAGACAGCAACAAGCAGAAUUGGCCCAACAGGAAUGGCUUCAAAUGCAGCAAGCAGCCCAACAAGCCCAGCUUGCUGCAGCCUCAGCCAGUGCAUCCAAUCAGGCAGGAUCUUCACAAGAUGAAGAUGAUGAUGAUGAUAUCUGAAGCUCACCACCUGGGCUUCUGUUUCCUCUGUAAGAAAACAGUGAAAGAAAUGCUUAUCUGUAAUUUUGUAUGCAUCUUGGUGGACUUACCAUUGGUAUUCUAGAGACAUCUGCUGCCAGGUUUCAAGUACUGUGCUAUACAUGUGAAACUGUCUCUUCGAACUAUUGAAAAUUUAAGGUUAAGUAUAAUAUCACCUUUGAAUUUGGAAUGGUGUUUUUGGAAUCUUAGACCAGUGUGAACCCUUUAUUUGGUCAAUAAACAGUGUUACAGAAAACUUCAGGUUUAUAAAAAUACAGUGAAAUUUAUAGAGAUCUCUUAAUCUGUAUUUGUAUUUUCUCUGCCCUUUUAACUGAACUAAAAUUGAGAAUUUAUAUUGAGAUGGGGCAUGGUGUAAUGCAGAAUACAUUGAAUCAGGUUGGUGAAAAAGUUCAGUUCUAUAUAGUAUCUAAAUUUUUUGUCUUUUAAAGUGAGUAUACAUUCAGGCAACAAUUAUAUAUGCUCAGAUAAAUAUACUUGUUUAGAAAUCUCAAGACAUUCAAUAACUAGGAAGGAAAUGUAUUCACUAGUAGUUGUAUAAAUUUGGUGAGUUGUUUCUGAUUUUGUUACUGUUUUGUGUAACAGUGAAGACUAGUUUUAUUAUAGUAUAAUUUAUCUUGAACUACACUCUGCCAUUUCAGAGACUGGCUAAUCUUGAAGAUUGUCACGAUUCUUACUAUUUCACUCCAGUUCAGUAAUUGUUCAUAGUUUUCGUUGCUUAGUCCAUUUUUUGAGUAUAUAGGUGGGACUUGUGAGACAGUUGCUUGGGUUCUGUUGGUUUAACAGAGGUUCCUGGAUAUUCAAACCUUUGCUAGGGGAAAUAAAUGAAAGCUAAUGAACAUGUUUGCUAUGAAAAAGGGCUUUAAAUUCUUAUUUAACAUGUAGUUUACUUACUGUUUGGUUUUAGUGUAGCAUUUACAUUUUCUUGACUAGGUGGCUAAAGAAUCCAUUGCUAACUUUUCAUAAUGACAUCAUUGUCCCUGUCAUCCUAAUUUAGUGGUAGCUUUAAAAGUUUUGUGUUUGCUUAAAAAGUGUCAUAACUGACCAGCCCUAUAUGAAGUGUUAACUUGCUUGCUAAAAGGGAGCAGCUUUAAUUUGAUUUCAGUGCAUAAAGUGUGGUAGUGUUUGUGAGAGGGAUCCAGUGUAUUUGGUGAAAUGGCAUAUUACUUAUAUUUUGGAAACAGAAAAAUGCCACCGAAGAUAAUAUAAGUCAUUAAGUUCCUAUGUCAGUUGCCAAGCCAUUUAAAUUUCUGUAUUCACCAAGCCCCAGAACAGAUUCUAGCUGCUAGGAUUUCAAUUUUGAGAGGUAAGAAAUGUUUAUAAGUAUUAGAUUUCUUAAUAUUCAUAUUUUUCAGUUUUAGAAGGGAAAUUUAUAUGCAUAUUGUUAUGCAUUUACCAGAUAUUCUUCCCCCAUAUAACAAAAAGGGUAGUAAUUUUGCUGAAUGUUUUAUGUUGAAGUUAUUUCAAGGUAUUUCAUGGAUAUACCCAUGAUGUGUUUGGAAAAAUUAGAAGGAAUUUUUUUUUUUUUUU